GGAAAUGGCAGACAGCGAUGACGAGUUUGACAGGAGGAGGCGAGACAAGUUCAGGAGGGAGAGGAGCGACAUGGAGAGGUCCAGGGAGCGGGAGGACAGGAGGAGGGACGACUGGUCGGACAGGGACUGGGAGCGGGGUAGGGACAGGAGGCGGGACUACGAUCGAGGUCGUAGAGAGCGGUUCUCUCCUCCCAGACACAUCAGCCCCCAGCACAAGCGCCUGAGGAGAGACUGGGACGACCACCGGGGAGAACCCUACCGCUUCGACCUGCCUUAUGGGGGCGGGGCUCCGUUCCCAGGGGUGGGGCCUCAGGGCUGGCAUGUGGACUUCCCCCACCAUCACCCACACCACACGGCCCACCCACUCCAGGGGAGAUUAGGGAUGAUGGAUCCAGAUCUCCCCCCUCCUGGUCCUCCCACCAUGAGGAGCUUCAAGGAGUUCCUGCUGAACAUGGAGGACAGCGUGGACGAGACGGAGGCGGUCAAGCGUUACAACCAGUACAAACUGGACUUCAGACGGCAGCAGCUGCAGGACUUCUUCAUCCAACACAAAGAGCAGGAGUGGUUCAGAUCCAAGUACCACCCCGAUGACAUCACCGCCAAGAGGGCGGAGUCCCAGGCCGCCCUUGAAACCCGACUGGCUGUCUUCCUCUUCCUGCUCGACAACAACUGGCUGGACGACGUGUUGUUGGACAUGGACCACGGCCCCGCCAUCGUCAAGCUGCUGGAUGCAGCUGUAAUAAAGAUGGAAGGAGGAACCGACCUGGAUCUCCAGGUUCUAGAGGCGCAGGCUGCUCCUGCAGCAGAAGGUGGAGAUCUGGGAGGAGCAGGAGAAGCUGAGAAGACCCUGACUGGUCCUGGAGAAGGACGUGUGGUCUCUCAGACCGGACCAGAGACGUCAGCGCGUGAGACAGAGGGGACCAACCCAGAGGAACAGACUGAUGACCUGGAGAAGGAUGACAACCCCGGGUCCAGUAGACAGGAGGAGGACGAGGAGAAGAAAGAGGAAAACGAAGAAGAGGAGACAGCCAAAAAGGGCAGGAAGAGGAAGCGCAGCUUAUCAGCUGAUAGCGGAGAAGGCAGCGCCUCUGACUCUGACUCCUCCCACUCUGAUGGCGACAAGGAGGAAGAGGAGGAGGAAGGAGAGGAUGAGCACCGGACAGAGAGGGACAAGGAGGCUCCGCCCAGGCCCCGCCCACUACACCUCACCACCUCUCUGUUCAUCAGGAGCAUCCCACCUGAGGUGUCCAAGGAGGAGAUCACAGCUUUGUGUCGUAGGUAUCCGGGGUUCCUGCGGGUGGCGCUGUCUGACCCUCAGCCUGAGCGGAGGUUCUUCAGGCGCUGCUGGGUGACCUUUGACCGUAGCAUCAACAUCAAAGAGACCUGCUGGAACCUUCAGAACAUCAGGCUCAGAGACAUUGAGCUGUCCCCCGUGGUCAACAGGGACCUGUGUCGGCGUGUUCGCAGCGUUAACGGGCUGACCCAUCACAAGCCCGUGGUGAGGAACGACAUCCGUCUGUCGGCUCGGCUCGUCCAUAGUUUGGACCAGAGGGGGGGGCUGUGGAGCGGCCAGAUGGAAACCAACCCUGUCCUGAAGAACAUCACUGACUACCUGAUAGAGGAGGUGAGUGCUGAGGAGGAGGAGCUUAUCGGGGCUUCCGGGGGCAACAGUGAUGACACAGGAGACCCUAAAAACCACACCUCCUCUGAGGUUGCCGUGGAGACAGAUGAGAUGCUGGUGAAGGUGCUGGACAGGCUGCUGCUGUACCUGCGUCUGGUUCAUUCUGUAGAUUAUUACAACUUCUGUGAAUAUCCUGCUGAGGACGAGAUGCCUCACCGCUGUGGGCUCAUCCACGUACGAGGACCUCUACCUGUGGCCAAGAUCACGCCAGCAGAGGUGGCAGAACACCUAAGGAUGUGUGAAGAGCGGCUGGCUCCUCUUCUUUCACCGUCUGAGAAACUCAGUGAAGAAGAAGCUGUCCGGCUUGGAAAGAAAGACCUGGAACAAGAGGUUGAGAAGUUCCUGUCUGCUAACACACAAGAGCUCAGUAAGGACAAGUGGCUCUGUCCUCUGAGUGGGAAGAAGUUCAAGGCUCCAGAGUUUGUGCGUAAACACAUCUUGAACAAACACGCUGAUAAGGUCACCGCAGUUCGUCAGGAAGUGGAGUUCUUUAACAACUUCCUGUGGGACGCUAAAAGGCCCUGUCUACCUGAGAACAAGCCCCUCCCACCACCAGCACAAGCCCCGCCUCCUGGUUUGGCCGCAUUUCCUGUUCAGUCGCCACAGCAGCAAAACCUUCUGGGGUAUCCACCAGGACUCAGACCUCCCAUGCCGGGCUUCCCAGGUGUGGGUCCUCACCUGCCACCUGGCCACCAGUUUGGGGCGGGCCGUGGUAACUAUGACAACUUCAGGGGGGGCGGGGCCAUUUCUGGGAAACCAAGAAGCAGCAGGGGCAUGCGGGGAGACCCUCGCUCCAUCAUCGAAUACAGAGACCUGGAUGCUCCAGAUGACCUGGACUUCUUCUGAAGAACCUGGACCAGAUUCUUUUUUACUUUUUUAUUCUAGAUUGUUGUCGGUUAAUGUUCUGGUGUGUGUGUGUGUGUGUGUGUGUGUGUGUGUCAGAAGCAGCAUCAGUGACCAUCUGAGUCUUGGUUUUUUAAUAAAAGCAUCUGAGCAGCA